GUGAUAAAAGGCGCUGACAAAUUCAGAGAUUGACACACAAGCGCAAAGACCGACCAUGGCUCGCAUCUUUUUGCUGCUCGUUUUGCUCGUCGCCGCCGCCCUGGCCAACGAAUCUCCAACCGAGCCACAAGAAUUGGAGUUUCGACAGGAAAUCUUGAGGAGAUUCGACAAAACGGAUGAAACGCUGAAGCGGUUGAUGAAACACGUCUACGAUCAGCGAGACCUGCAGGCUGUGGAGUCGCGGAAGGUGGCGGAGCAGCAAAAUGAGGAGUUGAUCAAAUCUUCCAACGCGACCAACGACCGAUUCGACCAACUGGCUCAAAUUGUAGAUCAACGCCUUAAUCAGAUUCUGGAAAGCGUGAAGCAGGUCGAGGAGGAGAGGAAGAACGACAGAGAGCAACUGGAACGCCACAUUCUGGAUUUUCAGACCAGAUUCCCACCGCACUGCAAACUCACAAGAUCGUCAAACUUGACGUUACUUUCCAAUGGCAAGAAGUACUUUUUUUCUUACCCAAUCCGCGCCCAAUGGGCUUCUGCAAAAGAGUUGUGCACCGAAAAAGGCCUCCACUUGGCCACAAUCACAGAUCAAAAUGACGCUCAGGUGGUCGCGGCAGAAGGAAAAAGAAUCGUUUCUAAUAAAGGUUGGUGGGUUUCUGCGAAUGCCAUAGAAAGUGGAAGUGGAAAGGACUUCCAGUGGCACGACGGGACCCAGUUGAGGUUGGACAGUCCGUUGUGGACGGACAAUGGGGAUAAGACAAAGGACUGCGUUCGCAUCUUUGAUUGGUCCGACGGAAAAUUGGAUGGCUUUGAAUGCACCAAUUAUCAUCAUUUCAUUUGUGAAAUGCCAAACGAAUGCUAUUGUAAUCAAUCUUGAUUAUCGCCACAAUCAAUUAAUAAGCUUUUGUAUGCAGUGAGAAGCCAACAAUAAACUCAAUUUGCUGAAUAGUUUUGCGAUUUUUGAAAAUAA